ACGUGUCAUCUCGCGCUCCUCUUUUUAUUGCGAAUCCAUCACUACUGUUAAGUUAGCCUACCAGUCAGAGUCUCCCUCUGCUUAUCAUACAAGAUUAUAUCCACCAUUCCCACCGUUGCUGCUCCACAGACAGUGACGCCUGCUCCUGUCUUUUAUCGCCACAUCGGUACUCCCGAGGAAGUCCACUUCUGAAGCCGAGAAAGUACUUAUGUACUGGUAGAUAUAGGGGGGAGUAUUCUGGUCCAAGCACUUCGAACAACCGACAAUUCUAUCUUGGGUUGAAUAUGGAUUCCCCUGAUAUGAGAACGCUUCAUCCACGAGAGGUGCUACGCCAAGUCGCCGACCACCUGAACGGUCAACACAACGACCUCUCAAUCGCACUCCCUGUCAAGACCACAAUCGGAGAGGCCGUCCGAGCAGCCGAAGCGGCUCUCAGAGAUGUCCAAGAUGAGCAUGUAUAUUUGAUGCCUCCCAGAGUCAGCACCCGUCGCCAGAUCAGAGAAACAGCGCUCAAGAAUGUUUCCGAACUCGACACACAGACCCCUUCCCUCCGCCCCAUCCGAUCAACUGUUGAGCUGAUAAGGCCUCGAGAGCCACGCCGAGCUCUCAGCGACGCAGCUCGCGAACGUUUACGGAAGACGGCACGAGAUACCGCCGCCGCAGGGUUCCGCGAGCCGUAUACAACCCUACGAACAGGGCUCGGUGAGAGCCACCUGCCUGUUAUCCGUUCGGACAUCAUACUUCGAGUCGUAGAUAACGACGACGCCGACCGCACCUGCGAACUCCCUUCCACGAGAAUGAUUUUCGACACAGGUGCUCAUCACACCAUUAUCGCAGAAGAGCUCCUUCCGCCUGCGUUUCGGGAUUUUCUCAGAGAGGCUGUACAUAAUCCGUACCGGUCAGGUGAUGGCAACGGCCUGGUUCUUCAAAUUGAUGCGCAGUUGGCUUUUACCAAUUGUCCGGUGGCCAUUGAAGCUGUUGCCGUUGUAGUUCCGGCGGCUAGGAUGCCGAACGGGUUGGUUGGGGUGUUAUUGGGACAGUCUCAGUGCAUUGAUUGGCUCAAGAUUCGGUGUGUACCCCGAAGUAUACUUCUUGCGAAGGGGAACGACAUUUCAGAGGAAUUUUGGGGGGAUAUCGUGGUUGAGGAGUAUCUCGAUAUGAAAGAGGGAGUUGUUUCGCUCUCCAGCUAAGUCUUCAAUAUCUUCCGGGGAGGAGGAGGACUACUAUACCUGUCGUUACUCGCUUAAACUUACAGCAGGCAUGAAUUUGCAGAAGAACGUCGCAUUCCUCGUCGCCUGCUAUCCGCUACCGAAGGCGUUCCUAUGCCAAUCCCUUGCAAGAAUCAGUUACAUUACACUAAUAAUCGUCUUUUCUCAUGAUUAGUCCCAUGUUGCUUAGAGUAGCCCUAUGUCGGACAUGAUAGGCGUUCUUUGUACUCGAUACGGCUCAAUAUGAUG